GUGAGUUUGGUGACAACUCUGUGGUUGAAGAAGUUGAGCUCUAAUAUUUGAGGCGAAGGAAAUUUAAGAAGAAGGAAUCACUGUAAAUGAAGGAUCAUGGAUAAAGACCUGUUUUACAAUGUGCUGAUUAAUGGAUUGAUACUAGUGCUAAAUGCAGGUUUUUGUCAUACAAUAUGGAAAGAUGAUCCCGUGUAUUUCCCAGAAAAGAUUACAGCCUGGAAAGGUUCCUGUGUGCUGAUACCAUGCUAUGAGAAACCUAACAGUCGUAUCAAAAACUUUCUAUGGUAUCAAAACCCAGUGUAUGAUAAUAACCAAUCCAAAUGGACUGGGACAAUUGUUUAUCAAAUUAAAGAUCCAGUGAAUGUGGACAGUCAUAACAUGAGGAUUUCCAGGUAUCAGGAAUCAGGAAAAUGUGGAAUUGUACUGAAAGAUGUGCAGGAAGGAGACAUUGGGAAAUACAAGCUGAGGAUAGAAGAUGAAGAUAAUUUGUGGAUGACAAAGAAGAGUGUGUCUCUGAAUGUCUCUGAUUCUACGCCAGAGUUUAUGAUCAAACCUGUGGAAGUGGGGAGAGAAUCCUGGAAGCUCACAUUGUCCUGUUAUAUUAAUUAUUACUGCCCUGAUGAUUCCAUAAGACUGUCCUGGGCUGGAGAUGUGAAAGGCGACAAGGUGCAAAUCAUUCCCAAGAUCAAGGAAUCAUUAGAUAAUAAGGAGACAAUAAGAACAGAGACAACACUAUCUUUUAACCCAAACUGGACAGAUCACAAUAAAACAAUAGAAUGUGUCCUUACCAGAGGGAAUAAUAAAGUCAUUAAGACUGUUGUGUUGAAUAUACAGUAUCCUCCCAAAGGAGUCCGUAUACUGCCUGAAACGUCUACUAUAACAAUAAGAGAAGGGGAAGAAGUACCACUGGAAUGCUCUGCAGAAAGCAGUAACCCUCCCAUAGUCAGAUACUGGUGGUAUAAAUCUAAUAAUAAAGUUACAGAGGAUAAGUCUCAUUACAAGGCCCGUGAGUCAGGAACUUACUAUUGUGCGGCUGAAAAUGAAAUCGACAGAACGCGUUCUACAAGCGUGACUAUAAAUGUGCAAUAUGCUCCAAAGGUAGAACUUAAAAUCUCAAGCCAAGAAAUAAGGGAAGAUUCCGAUUAUACACUGACCUGCUCAGUUGAUGCAAAUCCUCAACCUGAAGACAUCUCUUGGUAUAAAGACCGUGAAAAGAUCUCAAGCAAAAACAGCAACACUCUGGAACUCGAUAAUAUAAGAGAGCAGGACUCUGGAUCAUAUGAGUGUGAAGCACGGAAUAGUCUUGGAACUAAGAGAUCUGCUGUGUAUGUGAAUGUCAUGUAUCCUCCAAAGAACCCGGAAGUUGUUCUUCAGCCAAAAAAGACAUUCUAUGUGGAAGGGAGUAAUGUUCAAUUAAGAUGUAGUAUCAACAGCAGUAACCCCGAAGUAUCACAGAUCACAUGGUUUAAGGACGGGAACUCGUGGGCCUAUGAGAAAGGAAACAACAAGCCAAAUGAUUAUAUUAUCAUUGAUAGAAUCAAAGAAGAGCAUCGUGGAAGUUACACGUGUAAAGCUGCAAAUAAAAUAAGUGCUACUUCUUCCAAGCCUGUUUCCAUAAAUGUCCUCUAUCCCCCCAAGGAGGUAAAAAUUAAGCCCCAAUCCCCAGUAGUGGAAGGAAAUUCUGCAUCGUUACACUGCUCAGUAGGAAGGAGUAAUCCGACAGUCAGUGAAUAUCGCUGGUACAAGGACACAGUCCUACAGUCCUACAGAAAUAAUCAGAUUAAGUUUCCAGGAAUAAAAUGGACGGAUUCUGGCAACUAUACAUGUGAGGCAAGGAACGACAUCGGGAAUGUCCUGUCUCAACCAGUUCCACUCAAUGUCCAGUACGCCCCUGUGAAUGUAAUGAUCUCCUGCACUCCAUCCAACCCGGUGCCUGAACACACAAAGGUGACAUUGACUUGUAAGGCCCAAGCCUAUCCCACAACCAUUACUUACGCCAUUUACAAAGAUGGAGUCCUUCUCCAGAAUUCCCAUAGUUUGGUUCUGCAUGAUAUUCAGUUAAAUAAUAAAGGAAAAUACCAUUGCACGGCAAGAAAUAUUUUCGGGAGCCGAAAGUCAGAUAUUAUCGACAUACAUGUUUCAUAUGGUUUAACCUCGAUAUUCAAGUAUGUAGGAGCUGCCCUUGGGAUCUUCUUUUCUCUUCUCGUCUUCAUCAUUAUGGCGAUCUACUUCAAAAUCUGGAAGAAGGUGUUUCCAUUUAGAUCUGAUGAUAGUGAGUCUCAUUUCAUUGUGAUGAAGAAGUCCCACCCUGAGUUGCCGGACAAUGCGGUGAGACAACCCCCACCAGCAAACAGCGACUUGGAUCAGCUGAACUAUUCUACAAUCCAGUUUCCUGCACAACCAGUAGGGGGAGCAACAUCCAGGACCAUCCCCCAUGAUCAUGGUGUAAUAUACAGUGUGGUGCAGAAAACACAUGGUACUUCCAAGGUACAUGAAUAUGAGAACAUGAACACAACAAACAGACCCCAGGGAGAGAAUCCUGAUGAGAUUCACUAUUCAACAAUUACUAACCUACCUAGAGGUGGUACAGUGCACCCCAGUGCUCCAGAGGUGCAAUAUGCAAUGCUCAACACCAACAACCAACAGAAUAUCUAUAGUUAGUUGCAGAGGUCCCAGAAGCUACAAACAGCUGUCGGUGUAAUCAGCACAAUGUUCUUUUGUUAUGUUUCUGUCAUGUUUCCCCAAAACAAUCCCUAAAUACAGUAUUUUUAUAUUAUGUCCGGACUGUAUUUCGUUGCACUUGUUAUAUGCAUUGAGUAAAGAUUUUAAUUGUUUUAAUUUGUUCACUGCGGUGUGCUUGAUGUUUGGUAGAAAUAGGUUCUAUGAUUCUGACAGUUCCCAUGUCUGUCAGUAGAUAGGUCCUUAUAGGUAGCGUUUGGCAACAUUAAUAUUCUUUGUCUGCUUAUGGAGUCAUAGACAAAAUGUAUUACACAACUAGGACAAGAGAUAAAUAAUAGAUUCAGCCAUUCAGAUUUCUUGGAACAAAAACUAUCCACACAUCUUCAGUACCAACAUUUCUGGUAGCAAAGCCCCUUCCUCAUGAAUCACUUGUUGGUAAUAUAAUAUAAGAGAAAAGCAGAGGCUUUGCAUAUCACACCUGCCUACUAUGUGUUGAAAGUUGGCAACUAUGCUGAUGUCAGAUGGUCAUGGCUGGAGAUGCUCAAGAAGACCAUUAAGGAGGCAAUGGGCUGAACUAGAAUACUUCCAGUGGAGUGGAGUGGACAACUUUAGCAGAUGGCAGAACUAUAACAUUUAUGAAGCCUGAAGACGGGGGAUUAGAAUCUUUCCCUGAGUUGAAGGCUAAACCAAGCUCAUGGGUCAAUGAUCAGAUCAUAAUGAUUCUUAUUCAGUCCCGCAAAAGGACAGCAUUAACAGUCUAUGGGAUUUUCUAAUCUACCCCAGAUAUCUGGUUGAUACUAAUCAGAUGGUUGGGCAGACCAUUUGGCCCAUGGGCGAAUAAGCAAUGAUGGAGAUGCUCAUUGAUAAAGACCACCUAAAACAGAUGAGGAAGGGAAGAAAAAGUAAAUUACAAAAUCACAGGGGCCUGACAUUAUAGUUGUGGCUUGCUAACCCCCAAAUGCCCUCUGCUGUUUACACUAGAACCAUAGAAAGUUCUAAAAAUUGGCUUAUUAUUGAUAAUAUAUUAUAUGUUGUUAUUUAUAAAAGGCUAAGACUUGUAGGAUCGCAUCUGACUUUUCUAUUGUAAAUACUUCAUACUUCUUUUCUGUGUUAUUGAGACACAAAGGCUCUGUGUUCAUAAAUAAAGCAACAGUUACACUAU